AUGGCUUACCGCAUCCUCAAGGACAAGCUGUACGACCCGCAGUAUUCCAAGGUCAUCUUCAUCCUGCACUCGCAGGGCGGCAUCGAAGGCGGGCUCGUGCUCGAUUGGUUGCUGCAAGAGCUGCCCCAGGAUCUGCUGUCCAAGAUUGAGGUCUACACCUUUGGCAACGCCGCCAACCACUUCAACAACCCGCACCGGCACGUCUUUUCCCAGGCUCUCGCCCAGCAGGACCCAGCCGCCGCCGUGACCAUGACGACGACCGAGACGACGCAACCGACGCCCGACGGCAGCCCCAUCUCGCCGCUGACGAAUGCCCCCUCCUUCGAUCGCCGCUCCACAGCGUCUCGCCUAGGCGACAUGGCAAACGGCAAGGCCAACACGAACGGCGAGUCCAAGACCAACGGCGAGCUGACCAACGGCGAGUCUAACAUGAAAGACACGCCCAUGACAAAUGGUACGUCCAACGGCACGCCCAAGACAAACGGCAAGAUCAACACGGGCGUCUCGUCGACGCCACGUUCGAGCGGCCCACCGAGCCUGCGUAAAGACGUCUCUUCCCUGACGUCAACGCGCACGUCGACCGCCGCACAGGAUCGCGCCCUCGGCCACGUCGAACACUACGCGCACACGACCGACUUUGUGGCGCUCUGGGGUGUGCUGCAUUUCUGCACCUCGCUCGCCGCGAACCGCACGAUGCCCCGCUACAUCGGCCGGCUGUUCGUCCGCGCGUCGGAGCGAGGCGGUCACCAGUUCUGCCAGCACUACCUCGACGGCAUGUUUCCGCUCGAGAGAGACCCUGUGACGAACAAGCUGACGCGGUGCGCCGAGGAGAAUGAGUUUAUGGAGAGCGAAGUACAGGUCGGUGCCGAGGGCGCGGCGGGGCAGAACGCCCGAGAGGCCUUCGAGAUUUCGUGGCUCGGUGACACGGGGUUCGGCAGCGGCGAGGUGGGAGAACAGGUCGAGGUGCACGGAGAUCAGGUCGGCAGGCACCGGCGCAAGGGGGUCGUCAAGGUCAAGGAUCUUUCGCGGCUGUGGAUGUACCGCAACGGCAUGUCACCGCCCGACGGGCCACCGCUGCUGAUCCGCGAGAACGGCAUCAUUCGGAACGCGACGAUGUAG